CCUGUCCCGUCAGUCAGUCAGUGAAGCUGUGAUAUUUCAGAAGAGAUCAUUUACAAAGGUUAGAUAAAACUUUCAUGAUCCCCGCGGACACAGUUGGUAGAAUCAUCCAUGGCGACGUCAAAGGCGAGAGUGUACACUUGUUGUGCACUGACGCUGCUCUGUGUGGUUGGAGAGUCGCAAGAGUCGCCAAGUGUGAAGUGUCCCGAUGAUACGUACUCAAGAGCCGCAGUGGCCGCAGAGUCAAGGACAUGUUCAGGGGUUGGACCCCAGUGUCCCGCUGAUACUUACUCAAGAGCCGCAGUGGCCGCAGACUCUGACAAAUGUUCAGAGGUUGGACGGGACAUCCUUCAAAGAGGGGGUUCAGCGGUAGAUGGCGCCAUUGCUGCGCUGCUGUGCACCUCCGUCAUAAACCCACAGAGUGCGGGCAUCGGAGGGGGGUCCAUGUUCACAGUGAUGGACAGAUUUGGUAAAGUGAAGAUCAUCAACUCCAGAGAGACUGUACCAAGGAAGUUUAAACCUGACCUGCUGAAGUCAUGUCCCAAGACCUUCCAGCUGCUGCAAGGUGGCCAGUGGAUUGGGGUCCCAGGGGAAAUUCAAGGUUAUCAACAGGCACACAGGCUUUAUGGGAGGUUGCCGUGGGCCACCCUCUUCCAGCCGACCAUCCAAAUGGCCAGAGAAGGGUUUCCCAUGCCUGAAGUCCAAAGUCACUGGGUCCAGGAAAUUAAUAAAAGCCAGGCCCCGGCACUAUGGGACUUAUAUUCAGAUGGGAAUGGGACCUUGCUGAAGACUAACGAUACAGUGAAGUUUGAGAAACUGGCCGACACUUUGGAGAUGAUUGCAAAGCAUGGGGCAGACACCUUCUACACUGGACAAAUAGCUGAGGACUUGAUCCGUGACAUAGAGGAAGCAGGGGGGAGUCUCACAGUGCAGGACUUGGCAUCAUAUAGAGCUACAGUGACUGAUGCGUGGGCUGUUCCUCUGGGAGAGUACCAGAUGUACAUACCUCCACCCCCUGCAGGAGGCGUCAUCCUCAGCUUCAUCCUUAACAUCAUGAAAGGAUAUGACCUGAAUCCAGCAUCUCUGACGGGUGAACAAAAGACUCUGACUUAUCACCGCUAUGUUGAAGCUUUGAAGUUUGCUAAUGGAUUGAAGAAAUCCAUCCAUCAACAGUCCAGUUCAGAGGAAAUGGCAAGGAAAUUCACAGAGGACAGCUUUGCCGAACACAUACGGAGCUUGAUCAGCAGUGACAAGGCUAAUGAUCCCGAGUACUACAACAUGACCCAGUAUCCGGACAGCAUGGGCACCACACACGUGUCUGUGCUGGCUGAGGAUGGAUCUGCUGUGUCUGUCACCAGCUCCAUCAACCAAAUAUUUGGCUCCAGGGUUUACUCUCCGAGAACUGGAGUCAUCCUCAACAACCAGCUGGCCGACUUCUGUGGAUUUGCCGAUAACAUCUCUCCUGGGGAGCAGCCUCCCUCCUCCAUGGCCCCCACUGUGCUGAAGUCUCAGUCGAAGACGCUGGUGAUUGGAGCGUCUGGUGGGAGUAUGAUCACGACUGGCAUCGCCUCAACACUCAUGAACCACCUUUGGUUUGGAAAGAACCUUACGGAUGCCAUCAAUGCUAGUGUUGUUUUUGUCAACUCUGAAAAUGCACUGAAGUUUGAACCCAAAUUUGACGAGACGGUAAUUAAGGGUCUUAAAGCUUUGGGACACAAGCAAGAAGAAGCAACCAGGUUCUACAACGUGGUCAAUGCAGUGGAGAAGGAGAACGGCUCUAUCUGUGCGGAUUGUUGUAUCUGUGCUGUGUCUGAUACCAGGAAAAAUGGCAAAGCUGCCGGUUACUGUGACCGAAAGUCAGAUCAAUCAAUAAACAGUGGCAGCUCAGGCGUUUCCCCAACAGCACACGGCCCUCCAACAACCAAUCCUGAACAGCACGGUCUGAGCUGGGUCAAAAGCUAUCUCCACAGCCACAGUGGACAUUAUACAACAGUUUUCAUAGGCCUAGUAAAUUUCUUCAUGACAAGUAAACUGAGCUAAACCGGUGGUGUCCCUUUAAUUGUAUUACCACUAUCCCAUUUUUAAAGUAAUUGUGUCACUGGGACAAUAUUUGUGACACAAACUUCAUGCUCGUGCCCGUUUGGUGUUUUACAUUACUAAGGAUCCAACUUUACAAAAAAGCCUAAAAGCCUUGGUUCAAGUUUAAAACAGGCCUCUGCUCUGGCUGCUUUGAUUCAAAACAUAAUGAUUUUUGGAGGCAAAGUAGCAGGGAUCAUAAACCUGACCAAACCUGUCAGAAACCAGAGGGUGAGGUUGCACUGACCCAAUCCACAGCUAACUGCAGAAAAUUAAACCCUAUGAAGUACAACAUUAACAAAUAUCAUCACACACAACUAAAUCUUUCUUUUCAUGAUUUUAUUUACAGGCUUUUGUACUCGGUUCAUCUAAAUGACUGCACUGUAAAUAUUCCACUGAGAACAAUAUUUUUCCUCUUUAUGCCUGUAUGCUACAGCUGAAAUAGUUUUAGUCAAUCAACAGAAAUGUAACCUGCAACUAUUUUGAAAACUGAUUCUUUAUUUCAAUAAAUUUUCAAGCAGAA